AUGUCGGUCGCCGCUCGACAUCUAAUACUCCUCUUCCUGUGUUGCUCAACAAAUCUCGCCGCCCCUCCCACAAAUUCCACGUCACAGUCCGAUGGAGCGCAUUUGACCACAGACGACGGCGGUUUCCUCACAGUUAUUCAAGGUUUCGCCACUCAACUUCAAUGCGUUUUGAACACGUGUAGCAAUGAUGUGGUUUGGUAUAAGGAUGGUGCGCAGAUUUCGCAGGGAACCAAGUUUUUGGUGAAUUCGACGGAGCAGGAGAGAGCUUAUAAAUUUCAGCAUAGUAUUGAGGUGGAUUAUGAGAAAGGUAUGCGAUUUUAAGCUAAAAUCAAAGCAUUUUAAAAAAUCUUUAAAAAACUAGGAUGGUCUAGAAUCCGACAUGCAAUUCCUAGUCCCCCACAACGAAAAAAUGUUCCAGGUUGUUCUGGCGAAUGCGACGAUUCAACUCCAUGCGGCGACGGAUUCUCCUGUGUCGACAAUCAAUGUUGCUCAUGUAAAAAAGAGGAUUUCACCCUGGUGCUGCGAAAUUUGACAUUCGACGAAUCCGGCAAAUAUCGUUGUCAACUCGGCAACAAAUCCGAAUUGCUCGAAUUCCAGGUCGAAGUUUUGGAGUCGGGUUUGAAGGGAGGAUUCCAUUUGAAUAUUACCUAUGAUCAUUCCGAGUGCUGUCAAAAGAAGGGAAUUUCGCCGUUGUGUAGAGGAAUGUGUAAACCAUCGGAGAUGGGAAAUUAUCAUUUUGAUCCCACUAGGUAGGAUUUUUGUUGCAAAUACGCUCUACUGAUAAUCAUUUUAUCAGUGGCGCAGAAUAUUUAUCCGUUGUCUCUAAUCAAUGUAUUUCUGAGAUUUGUCAAUGGGGCGCAGUUAAACUUUCAGUAACUGAAAUUCAGUUGUCUUUUGAAAGUGCGCUCUAAUGAUAACUAGAUUUAUUCGAAAGUUGGAAACGCGCUCCAGUGAUAAAAUAGAGCGUAUUUUAAAAUUUGAAAUUUUUUUGUGUUCAAAAACAUGCUCCACCGAAAAUUUCAAAAUGUUUGCAGCUGCAAAACCGAAGACUACAAACAUUUUCUCGAAUGUGCCACCGAAGAAGGAACCCGAAACCAUCUGCAUUGCUGCAAAACCCAACUUGUCCCAAGUUUUUGCUACGAUUUUUGCACCAACGAUUUUCAAAUGCUGCGAAGAACCCACAAACUGUGCUUGUAUUAUCUACCGGAAAUAUUCUCGUGCCUCGAUCGAGCUUCGCGUAUGUUCUCUUCAAAAUCCCGUGCACCUCCCAAUUUUUCGGCAUUUCAAAUUGAUAAACCGAUUAUUGGGGGAUAAUUGUUUGAAUGAUUUACCCUGCAUGUGUUUUUGGUUGUGUUGAGAGGGGAAAUGUGCAAAUUUGCUCUAUGGAGAAUUAUUUUUCUGUACAAAAAUCGUUGGCCUAGGUUCCGACAAGUUUUCUAGGCCACUGUGUUUUGUUUUGAAUUGCACAUUUUCCCUCUCAUUUCGCAUGUUUUUUGUGUUGACAAUAAAUGCAUGUAUUUUUGGUGUCUGGAAAUUCCGCAAGCUUCCGGAGCUUCCGCAUCUCAAGCUUCUUAUGAGCAAAGCCAGCGGAAGCUUGUGGAUUAGAAGCGGACUUUUACAAUAAAUUUACAAGCAAGUAUUUUGCAGGCCCCUACCCAGAUCCACCGCAAAACAUCGAAGUAAACGCCGUGGACCAUGAUAAAUUGUCAAUUUGCUGGGAACCCGCCAAAUUAUUCGAUUCGAAUAAAGACUAUCCGGUCCAAACCUACACGGUAUUCUACAAGGAGAUUCCGAAUUUUCCGCUUUUGGGCGGUGAUGUGGCAUUUCCACUUUUGACUGGCGAUUAUUCGGAUAUUGGUGAUCUUCAGGACGAUGAUUAUCAGGAGGAAGGUGAAGAAGUUCAUGAGGAUGAGGAAGUUCCGUCAGCGGUCAAGAGAAAUUUUGAUAUAGGAAGUGUUGAGGUUAAGGUGAGUUUUCAUGAGAUUUGGAGCAUUUUGAGCCCAGAUAUGACUAUUUUUCAAAAAUUUGGAGCAUUUUGAGAUCCCUAAAGCCUAUUUUCUGAAAUAUUCAUGAUUUUUUACUAGAAAAAGUACAUUUCAGAGCUCUUCUCGUGACAAAAGAUCAACAAUGGUUAUCGUAACUCGAGAUGAUAACACAAAUUCAACAACAGUCCGUGAAUUCGCAUUCAAAUCCCUAAACACCACUGAAAAAUGCGCAACCCUAAGCGAUUUACGAAGUGCUACACGGUAUAUUGUUUAUGUCACAUCGACAAAUGAUUAUGGAACAAGUAUUCCAUCGGUUCGAAGUAUUGCGUCGACAAAUGUGCAUACUGUGAGCAAUGAUGGAGUUUUGCCGGAUGCGGAUAGUGAGUUGGGUUGGGGUGCGGAAGAUCCCGCAUCGUUGCUUGCGGAAGCUUCACUGGAUUUUUUAGACAUGAAAUUGAAUUUCUGAAGGGUUUUUGAUCCCGGGAAUUUUGAAUGAAUUUUUCUUAUGAAAAUUAAUAUUUUUCAAUUUUCAGCAAUCGCCCCGAAAAUGUACGUUUCAAGCAUUUUUUAAAUAAAAUUUAAAAAAUUGAUAUGUAAUUUCGAUAUGGAUUUCAACUCCCAAAAUCUUCAAAGAAUAUUUUUUUUUCAAAAUUCUUUAAUAAUUCAAAAAGUAUCAAUUUCAGGUCUAAAAAUCCAAUGAGAAAUUAGAAUUUUCUGAAUUUUGAAAAACACGUGUCAACCCAAAAAUCAAUCAAUAAUUAUUUUUUUCCAUCCAGAAUGCUGUCAAGCUGCCAAUGUCUCAACAUUUUGUGCCGAAAAAAUGUGUCAAGUGGCCACUGAUCCAUCAUCACUCUCAACAAUCACAAUCGCCACAACAUGCCGUGCAGAAUGGCCGAAAGUGUCACCGUGUAUUGCGGACGGACGGAAUCAUACGGAGUGUUGUUUGAGAAAAGGUAAGGAAAGUUUGGGUUCGGAUAAUUUUAAGCCACGCCCCUUUUUGCAACACGGUUUCGCUCACUUAAUUUAUGUUCGAAACGCUCCAGUAAGCAUGCCGCAGAUUGCAAAAAGGGGCGUGGCCUAAAUCUAGUCAAAUGUGACCUCAAAAUGCUCCAAAUUUCAUGAAUUUUCAAGGUGUUCAACACGAUUGUUUGGAAAUUUGCGCGGGAAGCACCAAAGAACUAGGAGUUCACUCAGUUUUGUGUCUAAAUUUGGAUUUGCAAGCGAUUUAUCAAUGCUUGAGACAAGGUUAUGAAACACAUCCGAGUGCACCAAAAGAUGUUACAAUUGGUGGAAUUACUGCGCAUAGUGUGACUGUGAAAUGGGAGGAGCCAGAAGUGAAUUCGCAUUUGGUCGAGAAUUAUACAAUGUUUAUAAGGUUGAAUGAGCAUGGACAACCUGUGAAGACUGUGAGUUUUUUGGGGUUUUGAGCUCAAACUUGGUUAGAAUUUUAAUUUAUGAGCUCAAGAGCUCCAUUUUGAGCCCAAACUUGACCGAGUACCAUUGUUCAUGUCAGCUCAACAAUUUCCCAGAAAAAUUCAAUUUUUCCCGCAGAUCCGCAACGUCAUCUCACCGCACACUGAAAUCGGUCUCGAUCCCGAUUCCGAAUACGUUCUCACCAUUCAAUCACAUUCCGCCAAUGGAACAUCACUUCCAUCAACUGCCAAAUUAUUCUCCACACUUCCAACCACUCGCCCACCACUUUGCACAAUUGGUGAACCGAUUUAUGAAGAUGAGGGAAAUCGGGUGGCGAGUUGUGAUUCGAUCAAAAAUCCGUGUCCAAAUGGUUUUAAGUGUGUUGGAGGAAAUGGUGAGAUUUAUUUAGCGCAUAGAAAAUUUGAAUUUCAAAAAAAAUCGUGUCAGCAUUUUGUUGUCUUUUUAGACUGUCCAGAUUUUUUUUGAAUUAUCUAAAGCCCGAAAAUUAUCUAGAAGGGUUUAAUAUUUUUCCUGGAAAAUUUACGUUUCAAAAAAUUCUUAUUUUUUGUGGAGAUAUUUCAGUUUUUGAUACAAUUUUUUUGUAGAAAUUUGAUUUUUUUGGGUUCAAAAAUUUGAGCUAAAAUGAUCUGAAAAUAAGUUUAAAUUUCAGAAGUUUUCAGCUGGGUUUCUAGGCUUUUUUAGACUGUCUAGAUUUUUUUGUUGAAUUAUCUGAAGCCCGAAUAAUCUGGAAUAUUUUCCUGGAAAAUUUACGUUUAAAAAAAUCUUUACUUUUGUGGAGAUUUUCAGUUUUUGAUACACUAUUCAUUACAAAAUCAAAAAUUUUUGCAGGUCAAAAUUAUUGUUGUCCCAGCGAUGGAAGACACAAUAAUGAAGAAUUCCAAAGUUGUUGCAAAGAGCUGAAAAUGCCCCAAAUGUGCCAGUCAACUUGUUAUUAUAACGCAAGUCUUCCGCUUCCUUCUGAAUGUGAAAUGAAUUUGAAUAUUUGGGUGAAAUGCGCUUCCGAAGGUCACGAUCAUUUGAGAUGUUGUUUGAAAGAAGAUGUAUCGAAGAAUUGCCUCAGCGCCUGUAAACAUCCAUUCGAAAUCGAUGCUAGUUGUAAUCUGGAGACUCCGAAAUUAUCGCGAUGUUUUGCUGGAGCACACUUGCGACUUCCGGCAGCCAUUCGGAAUUUGGAAGUGACUGCGGUGUCGCAUGAUUCCGCAACACUUUCUUGGGAAGAUAUUGAGGCGGAUAUUUUGACGUAUCAUGUGCAACUUUUCGAUAAGAAAUUGGGAAGUUUGCUCAAGUCGGUGAAUAGUUCUGCGGAUAUUUAUCGAUUUUCAUUGCUGGAAGCGGAUCAUGAAUAUUCGGCACGGGUUUAUGCGGUGAAUGCGGUUGGUGAGGGACCUGGAUCGUGGAAUGUGACGUUUAGAACGAGAAGUGGCACGGGUAAGUGUUUGGGGGCUGGCAAAAGAGAGGGCAAACCUGUGGUUUUCAAAAGUCAAAAUUGUACGCUACCUUCCACGUGGCAUUCCUACGAAAUUUGAUUUUUCAACCCUUGAAAACAUGUAGAACAUUAUUCUAAAAUUCUCAGAAGCUCGAAAAAUUCAAAAAGUUUUUUUGCGCCAAAAAAAAGUGCCACGUGGCAUUUUUCGAAAUUUGGAUUUUUUCGGUUCAAAAAUUUGAGCAAAACUAAUCCGAAACUAAUUUUUAAUUCCAGGAAUUUUUGAAUUUAAUAGCCCUAGAUUUUUGACAUCAAAAAUUGAGUUACAAUAACUCUGUAAGAAUUUAGGUUAGAGCUUUAGAGCCUCAGAAAAAUCAACGUGUCGUUCCGCAAGCUUGCGCGAAGCGCCGGAAUCUUCCGCGGAUGCGGCCACGUGGAUUCAAGGGCUCCCUGAGCUUCUCUAAUAAGCAGAAAACAAUUCCAAAUGUCCCUUUUUCCAGCCACGGAUAUCGAUCGACCUCUCGCACCAUUUGGCCUAAAAGUCGCCUGGAAUUCUGGACCUCGCGCAAAUAUCACAUGGAAACCUGUCACAGCCCGUCUCAACGACGAACCAAUCAAAAAUCAAAUCGAAUACACGGUCUAUUAUCUGGACACGGAAAAUAGCGGAAGUUGGACACAAUUACGCACAAAUAACACGUGGAUUGUGAUUCGAGAGUUGCGCGAAAACUCACUUUAUCAUGUCUAUUUAACAGCGAAAGAGGAUGAUUGGAAAGUUAGCCGAAGUUCGAGUAUUAUUACGAUUUUAGCGCAGCAGGAUAGUCUUGGAUUGCCGGAGCCUGAGAUUCUGAUCGAAACUGAAGGAUCGUCUGAAAAUCCGGAUAGAAUAUAUUAUAAAGCUGGAGAGAAGCUGAAAUUAACUUGCAGUAUCCCGGAAAAUUCGUCGAAAAAAAGUUUGAAUAUUGAUUUGAGCGUUGGCCAAUCACAUAUUGUGCAAAAUGACCAUGGAAGCAAAAAAGUGGUGUUGGAAUUGGAGGCCGAUGCGGAAAUGGAGAAUACGGCGACGUGUACGGUUGCGGACACCGAUGGAAGACAACAUGUUGCGAUGCGGCAUUUGAUUGUGGAAAGUGAGUGAUUUGGAGCAUUUUGAGAUCUCAUAAGCUUGUUUUUCACAAAUUUCAAGAAAUUUGGAGCAUUUUGAGCCCGAAUUUCAUGCUUUUCUGAAAAUUCUGAGCUCGAAAAUGCUCAGAGCUCAAAUUUUGAGUUUUCUGGGAGAUUUGGAGCAAUUUCAGCCGGAGAAAGCCUAGAUUUUAACCACGUGGAAAUUUGAGACUAGUUUUAGACAAUUUUGUAAACUUAUAAGCUUGUUUUUCACAAAUUUAAAGAAGUUUGGAGCAUUUGGAGCCCGAAAAGGCCUAGAUUUUUCCAGUCUCCCAAAAUCUCAGAAAUCUCUAAUUUUUUCAGAAUCUGGUGGCACAGUCUCGAUGAAAAAUGAGAAAAUUCGAAUUUUGGAUGAUCAAUCAGUGGAAAUUGAAUGUAUUUAUCAAGGAGGCGAACGAAAUCCGCGAAUUCAUUUCGAAAAAGACGGCCAACCUGCUCGACGUGGAUUUUUGCAUCUGAAAAAGACUGGAAUCGGAUAUAUUGCCAAGUGGAUUGUGAGUUUUUGGGAAAUUUGGAGCAUUUUGAGCACAAAUUUAAAUGUGUUUGGAAAACACUGUCCCUCACAAAUUUGAGCUCAAAAUGCUCUGAAUUUGAAGCUUGACCUAAAUUUAAGUUCAAAUUUUCAAAAUGUUUUUUCAGAUCACCCAAGUCAAACAAAAAGAUGCUGGAACCUACAAAUGUAUUGUGGAAUCUGAAGAAAAUCCGAAAGAAAAACCACUUGAAACCACUGCCGAAUUGAUCUUCACCACCGAAACUUUGCCCAUGAAUCCGAAAAUGAUUUUGCAAUGCUGUGAAGAUGCUGGAAUCACUGGAGAUUGUUUGCAGGUUGGAAAUUGGGAAAUUUAAAGUUUCUGCUGAAAAUUUGCAAGUUUUUGAUGUAAAAUUUGAAUUUUUACGUCAAAAUUUGAGCUCAGAAAUGCACAUGGCCAAUUUUUUUUUUGAAAAAUCUGAAUUUUUCUCCAGUUUGAGCCGGAAAUCAUGAAAUUUAGAGUUUAUGCUCAAAAUUUGCAAUUUUUAAAGUAAAAUUUCAAUUUUUGUGUCAUAUUUGAGCUAUGACGUGGCAAAUUUUGAAAAUUUGAGGGUUUUUAGCUCCAAAAAAUUAAUUUUCAAAAUGUUUUCCCUUUUUCAAAACUCUUUUUGUUUCCAGGCCUGUUCCAUCGGCAAAACUGCCCUUUCCCCCGUCCAAAAUUGCACACAAUUUGCGCCAGCUCUCCUCAAAUGCGCCAGUGAUGUUCGUGAUCAUUCGGAUUGUUGUAUCACAAGUGGAGUUCAGGCGAAAUGUCUCAGAUUGUGCUCUGGCGAUUCGGCGGAAAGCCCCGAAAUUCAAAAACUAUGCGCAAAAGAUGCGGUGAAAAUUAUGUCGUGUUAUGUGAAAUCGCAUGAACAUGUGCCGGAAAAAGUGACGAAUUUGAGAAUUUCAAUGGAAGAUUCAGGAGAGGGUGAGAGAUUUUGGGAAGAAAAUUGGGCCUAGGAUUUUUAGGCCUGGUCCGGAAAAUCUGAAUUUUGAAAAACGAAAAAUCUUUACAGGAAUCCACGUGGAAUGGGACUAUCCACCAACCCAAAACUACAAAUAUUUCGCAGUUUAUUGGCGAAAAAGUGCGGCCGAAAGUAGCGAUUGGCAAAUGUUGAAAACUGUCAAACAGUCUGCAACUCUCCCAGAAUCUGAUGAAAAUUUGGAAAUUGGAGUGCUGGCUGCCAACGCGCUGGGACAUUCCACAUUGGUUUAUCGAAAUUAUGAGGCGGCUGAACAAAUGCCCGAAAAAUCGUCGAAACGCAAGGGAAAUUCAAGAUUCUGGAUUUUGAUUUUGUUGGCGAUUGCUGGAAGCAUGUUGGCUGGUGAGUUUGUGAAAUUUGGAGCAUUUUGACUCAAAUUUUUGAGCCUAGAAAUGACUAGGUUCAAGCCACGCCCCUUUUUUUGUAAUUUGCGGCAUUGUUUUUGGAGCAUUCUGAGUCCGGAUAUGCUUAAUUUCCUUCUGAAACCGUGCCGCAAAAUUGCAGAGUUCAAAUUUUACUUGAAACUCCUAAAAUUCUUCCAGCUCUCAUGGUGCUCUCGAAACGUCGUGAUCUACCGUACCCGCUGGGAAAAUUCAUUCGAAGACGAAACGAUUUGAACCAACCGACUGUGGCUUUUGAAAAUCCGGCUUACGGUAGGUUUUGGGCCAGGCUUUAGGCUGUGGGCUUUUUCAGUUCAGAACGAGGAAAAAUCUGGAUUUUUUUCAGACGCUUUUCCUGGAAAUGAGGUGGAAAUUCGGGGAUUGGGAAGCGGCGCCAAUGCAACAACAACGGGAAAUGGAAAUGCGGGAAAUACGGGAGGAGCUGGAGGAACGGGAAAUGAUUGGCAAAAUGCGAAUUUGGAGGCGAAUAAUGAAAAUGGACACGAAUAUCGAAACGGAAUGCGAUAUGCCAAAUUGGAAACUUAA